AUGGAAAGCGGACUGGCUGAUGAGAAUGACGAACUACAGCGCAAAGUCCUCCAGAACACCUUGCAGGAGGUGGCCGCAAGAGAGCAGCUGGGCGACGGCAACUGCUGCGUCAUCUGCUUAGACGCUGUUAGCGAUGCUUGCGAACUGGUCCCCUGUGGACACGACAGCUUUGACUAUGUUUGCAUAUUGAACUGGCUCUAUGAUAAACCUCUGUGCCCUUUGUGUAAGAGAGGCGUUACCAAGGUGCACCGAGGACCCCCUGAACGCCGCGAAACGACUGUCAUUGAGCCCAAACCACAACGACCUGAACAGCCAUCUUCAACAAGGACAUAUUCUCAUCAAUCAUCGUUUCUUCGUCCUCGAAGGAGGACAGCGAGGAUCCCCAGGAUUACGGCCGAUGAUCUCGAUGCUGAAAGAAUCCAAGCACACCGGCGCGAUGUUUACUUACACAAGAGAUACUCCAAGCAUGUCGGCUCAAACAGGCUUUCUCUUUAUCGAGAACUGACACCAAGGCUGUUCUGCAACGACGAAGCUCUUGUUUCCCGUGCACGAAUGUGGAUUCGCCGCGAACUGCGAGUAUUUUCGUUUCUCAAUGCUGACGAAUCUGGCUCUUCUUCGUCUACGGGUCAACCAGGAGAUGCAAACCAAGCGCAGGCGCGGCGAAGAGCAAACAACGCUGAGUUCUUGUUGGAGUACUUGAUUGCAAUCUUGAAGACUGUGGAUAUCAUGGGCAGCGCCGGCCAGGCAGAGGACAUGCUGUCGGAAUUUCUUGGCCGAGACAACGCACGGCUGUUUUUGCAUGAGCUUCGGUCAUGGCUUAGGAGCCCAUUCACAAGACUAGAAGACUGGGAUCGAGCAGUACAGUACGAUCCAGUUGUGCCCAGAGAUCCGUCACCUGCUUCUUCUUCAGCCCCGGAGCCGGGACACAGGCAGCGUGGGCGUUCAUCCUUGACGCAACGCGGCCUGGACCGGCCUAGAGGAGAUUACUACAGGCCCGGGCCGGCUCAGCCUUACCGAGAAGAUGGGCGAAAACGGCGGCAUGAGCCUUAUAGGGCGGAGAGGCAAAGAAGGGAGAGGAGCGCUUGA